AUGGGUGGCUGCUUCUGCAUCCCCGGGGAGCGGAGUCUGUCCUGGGGCCCAGGUAAAGAAGGUCCUUCCGAGGAUCCAACCAUAUCCAGUGAGUGUAUAUCUUCAUCUGAGUCUCGGGGAAAAUGUUUCCUGCCACAGAACAUGACACCAGAUCUGACGCUGACCUUCUGUGUGAAGAGCCGCUCCAGGAGGUGUGUCAACGGAGCCCUGCAGGAAGCUGCGCGCAGGCGGCUCUGGACGCUGGAGAACGAGGACCAGGACGCGAGGGCACUGUUUAAGGACCUCUCUGCCAGGCUGGUGAAUAUCCAGUCCCAGAGGGCCCAGUUCCUGAUCACCUUCAAGACCAUGGAGGAAAUUUGGAAGUUCUCUACCUACCUGGAUUUAGGUUAUGUGUCCACAUGUCUGGAGCACCUCCUUUUUGACCACAAGUACUGGCUUAACUGCAGAUUGGUGGAGGACACGGAGAUCCAAGUGUCUGUAGAUGACAAACACCUGGAAACCAUGUACCUCGGUCUCUUAAUACAGGAAGGUCACUUCUUCUGCAGAGCCAUGUGCUCUGUGGCUCAGCCAGCUGAGAAGGAAGGGGAGUGUUUGGAACUUUGCAAGAACGAGUUAAUCUCCGUGAAGAUCUCAGAAGGGGAAUCUGAGUGGGAAGGCGUGUCAUUAGUGACUGGCCAGCGGGGCUUGGUUCCGGUGUCAGCCCUGGAGCCCUUGCCUGUCCCUUUCCAUCAAUGGUUCCUAAAGAAUUAUCCAGGAAGCUGUGGCCUUUCCAGGAAGAGGGAUUGGACAGGUUCCUAUCAGAUCGGCAGAGGAAGAUGUAAGGCCUCCAAGGAUUAUGAGCAGGAAGAAAAGGAUGAACUGAGUUUCUGCCAGGGAGAAAGCAUCGAGAUCAUUGGCUUUGUCAUCCCCGGACUCCAGUGGUUUAUUGGGAAGUCAGUUUUCUCAGGAGCAGUGGGCUUUGUCCCCACCAGGAACAUAGAUCCUGAUUCCUACUGUCCAAUGAGCAGGAACUCUGCCUUUUACAGUGAUGAGGAGAGAUGCUCUCUGUGGGCCCUGGGGAGUGACAGAAAAGCAGACUGUGCCAGCUUCCUCCGCACCCUGGCUCACACGGACAUUGCAUCUGUCUACCGUCUGAGUGGCUUUGAAUCCAUCCAGAAUCUUCCAAAUGACCUGAGCGCAACCCAGCCCGAAGGCUUCAAGGAGGCCAGGCCUGGCACAGCCAGGAAGGAGCAUCAGGCUGUGGGCUCCAGAUGGUCCAGCAGCUCUGAGAACUCCAGCCUGGAGGAGGAGCUCCUUUCAGCUGCCUCAGACAGCUAUCACCUGCCGGAUCCCGAUGACCUUGAUGACCCAGAACUGUUCAUGGACCUAAACACUGGUCAGGAUGAGGAGGAAGCAGAGAAUUUCGCCCCCCUAUUGGGUUUUCUGGAUCAUGAGGGUUACACUGACCAUUUCAAGAGCCUCUAUGAUUUCUCCUUCUCUUUCCUCACCACUUCUCCCUUUUACUGCUUCUCUGAGGAGGAUGAACUUAUGGCCUACCUGGAAGCCUCAAGGAAGUGGGCCAAGAGGAGCCACAUGACCUGGGCCCAUGCACGGCUCUGCUUUCUCCUAGGGCGGCUGAGUGUCAGAAAAGUCAAGCUCUCCCAGGCCAGGGUGUAUUUUGAGGAAGCCAUCCACAUUCUUCAGGGGGCAUUUGAGGACCUAUCCCUGGUUUCUGCUUUGUAUAUCAAUUUGGCUGCCAUCUACCUGAGGCAGAGGUUGAGGCAUAAAGGUCCAGCCCUGCUGGAAAAGGCUGGUGCCCUGCUGGCCUGCUUGCCUGACCGAGAAUUCAGUGCCAAGAAUGAACUUGACGUAGUGGCUUAUGUGCUGCGCCAGGGGAUUGUGGUGGGCAGCAGCCCCCUGGAGGCCAGGGCCUGCUUUCUGGCUGUCAGAUUGCUCCUAAGCCUAGGCCGGCAUGAGGAGGUCCUGCCCUUUGCUGAGCGCUUGCAACUCCUCUCUAGACACCCUCCUGCCUCCGAUGCUACAGCAACCAUCCUGAGUUUUCUGUAUGACAAGAAAUAUCUUCCAUGUCUUGCAGUGGCCUCGGUCCAGCAAUGUGGUACUCACAGUGCCCAUGGGAUGUCUCUUCUGAUUUGGCAGGUCUGCUUGGUCCUCCAGAACACCACCAAGCUCCUUGGCAUGUCCUCCCCAAGCUGGGGUGAAGUCUCUGCACUGGCUUGCCCGACUCUCAGGCAGGCGUUGGCUGCCUGUGAGGAGCAGAUUGACUGGAGCACUCAGAGGGCCCUGUGCCUCAUCCUGUCCAAAAUGUACCUCCAGUACAGGUCUCCUGAUGGUGCCAUCUACUACCUGAGCCAGGCCCUGGUGCUAGGGCAGCUACUGGGUGAACAGGAAGCCUUUGAGUCUUCCCUCUGUCUGGCAUGGGGCUAUCUCUUAGCAAGCCAGGCAAAGAAAGCUUUGGAGAUCCUAGAGCCACUGUUAUGCUCCCUGAAGGAGACAGAGAGUGUCACCCAGAGGGGAGUGGUCCAUAACCUCCUGGGACUUGCACUUCAAGAUCAAGGCCGGGUGAGCGGGGCAGCCAGGAGCUAUCUCCGGGCCUUGAACAGAGCUCAGGAGACAGGAGAUGUGCAUAACCAGGCUGUGACUAUGGCCAAUCUGGGCCACCUGACCCUUAAGGCUCAGCAGCCAGCCAAGGACUAUCUCCUGCAAGCAGUUCGGCUCUAUUCUGAACUCCAGGCCAGCAAGGACACAGAUAUGGAAUUGGUACAGGUGCUCCUCUGGCUGGCCCAAGUUCUGGUGUCUGGACGCCAGCUGACCCAGGGCCAGCUUUGUUAUGAAAUGGCACUGCUGUUUGGCUUAAGGCAUCGACACCUAAAGAGUCAGCUUCAGGUCACCAAAUUCCUCUGCCAUUUCUAUAGCUCUGUGUCCCCAAAUCCUGAGGCCUGCAUCACCUACCAUGAGCACUGGCUGGCCCUGGCCCAGCAACUCAGGGACCGGGAGAUGGAGGGGAGCUUGCUGGAGUCCCUUGGGCAGCUCUAUCGGAACCUCAAUACGGCCAGGUCCCUCAGGAGGUCUCUCACCUGCAUCAAAGAGAGCCUGCGCAUAUUCAUCGACCUGGGGGAGAGAGACAAGGCUGCAGCGGCCUGGCUGGGGGCAGGACGACUCCACUACCUCCUGCAGGAAGAUGAGCUGGUGGAGCUCUACUUCCAGGCAGCCAUCCAGACAGCCUUGAAGUCACAGGAGCCCUCCUUGGCGCUCAGACUCUAUGAAGAAGCAGGUGAUGUGUUCUUCAAUGGGACCCGCCACAGACACCGCGCGGUGGAGUAUUACCGCGCUGGGGCUGUUCCUCUAGCAAGGAGGAUGAAGGCACUCAGAACUGAGCUUCGGAUUUUCAACAAGCUGACAGAGCUGCAGAUCAGCCUCGAGGGCUAUGAGAAGGCUUUGGAAUUUGCCAUGCUCGCUGCCAGGCUGAGCAGAGUCACAGGAGAUCAGAAGCAGAAGCUGGUGGCCUUUCACCGCCUGGCUACGGUAUACUACUCACUGCAUAUGUACGAGAUGGCUGAGGACUGCUACCUGAAGACUCUUUCCCUUUGCUCGCCCUGGCUGCAGAGUCCCGAGGAGGCACUCUAUUAUGCUAAGGUGUAUUAUCGUCUUGGCCGACUCACCUUCUACCAGCUGAAGGAUGCUCAUGAUGCCACUGAGUACUUCUUGCUGGCCCUGGCAGCAGCGGUCCUGCUGGGUGACGAGGAGCUGCGGGACAUAAUUAGGAGGAGACUGGACAACAUCUGCCAGAGCCCCUUGUGGCACAGCAGUCCCUCGGGGUGCUCCUCAGAGAGGGCGCGGUGGCUGAGUAUUGGAGGCCUGGACCUCUGAGGAGAGCUAUCCCACCUCUGACCAUUUGCCAUGGCUGGAAGCUACCUCCCUGUCCCAGGCUCUCAGAUAUUGAGGGGUGGCUCUAUGUCCUCUCCUGGCCCAGGCUGCUUGUUUGCCAGGAGAAGAGCAAUGUCUAGAGGGAGCAGGUCUCGUCCUGGACCACAUAUGGAGCUGACAGUGGAGCCACAGUGGAUCGUCCUAGCUUCAGGCCUUAUCUCUGGAUUUGUCUUCAGGUACCUGUGGCCUUUCCACACAGGUGGCCUAUGAAAUGCACUUUCUCAACAUGCAGUUCUGGAGAAAAUGAGAAAACCUCACCCCUUCCCCUGGAAUCUUUCUUUCUUCCCCUAGUGAGGGAAUCAGGCACUAUGCUGAUGAAAGGCAGGCAGAUUAAAGUUUGUACCCUUCACCCAUUUUCUCAGGGACAGAUCCUGCUGCUUGUCAUGGGAAGAACCCAUGGUCUCUUUUCUCAAAACCAAAGGAGGUGCCAUUCCUUGUGCGCAUGAGGACUGACAGGUGAGAAUUCACCAUGUCUUAGCUAAAAAGACACAGGCUCAGGAUGGCCAGGUAGAGCACAAAGGGUAUGAGGCCGCUACUGACUGGGAUUCAUAUCUCCAUACUGCCCCUGGCUGUGCUCCCACAUGACCUUCCAGAAGCUCCGGUGAAGCUUGUCAAGGACCAAGGUUUGAAAUUGAGUAUUAAGCACAUUGUGACAUAAAUUACAUGUAAAGAGUGUUCAUCAUUACAUUUUGACCAUUGACAUUUUAUCUCCUUUAUCUUGGGGACAAAUGAGAUUGGAGUCUUGAAGUAUGGGCUAAAUACCAAGAUGUCUUAUUGGUGUCAGGGUAGCUCCUUACAAAGCACCUCUAUUAGUAAUCUAUCACUGCAUGACACAGGGAUGGCUUGAACAACAGUUAUGUAUUAUCUCAUAGUUUCUGUGGGGCAGGAAUCCAAGUAUGACUUAACUGAGUCCCCUGACUCAGGGUGGCUCUCGGGGCUGCAGUCAUGGCGAGUUUAGCUAUGGAAGGAUCUGCGGCCAGCAAGUCACAUACCUGUUGGCAGGAGUCAAUUCCUUGCUGGCUGUUGGCCAUCAUGUGGGCCUCUCCAUGGGAUAGUUCACAGCAUGGCAGCUCACUUCAUCACAGUGAGCAAGCCAGUAAAGCAAGAGGGAGAGAGGAACAGUCACUGUCUUUUCAUAACCUGAUGGUGAAGGUGACAUCCCUUUAGCUUUACCUAUUUUAUUAGAGGUAAGUGGUCAGAAGGGCCACCCUGCACAGAAGGGGGUUGGUGGUUACCAAGGGCAUGAACACCAGGAGACAAGGACUUACUGGGGUUCAUCCCUGGAGUUACCUACCAUUGCAUGAGUCUUUGGGGGAAUGGAAUCAGGAAUUCUCUAAGGCAGUGAAGUCAAGAAUGUGCCUCACUGAUCAGGAGCAACAAGCUGACCUGUGAGAUUGUUUGGAAUGCAAAUUCUUUGGCUCUACCUAAGAUCUCCAAAUCGGAAUCUCUGCACCCCAGAGCCCUAACUCUGGGAACUCCUUAGGUGAUUCUAAGCAGAGUUUGAGUAGCACAGCUCUGGAACAGGGUUUCUUGGGUAGGUUGCCCAAGAAUUGCCUUGGAAAACUUGUUGAACAUGAACUUUCUGGUUCCUACUGCUAAUAAUUCUGGUUCAGUAGUUCAAGAGUAUACCUCAGGAGCAUGCAUGUUUCAUGAAAUCCUUCACCCUUGCUCUGAAUAGUAUGCACAUAUAUGAAAUCAGGCUGUCAUUCUCUUCACCUGAUGCCCAUCAGCUUCGAUUUGACUGUCAGAUCAUCUGUCCUUCAUUUCUAGCUUUUUGGGCCCACCAGAUGUUGGUUGUGUGUGGGGUGGGAAAGGAAGGGUCCACUGAGUCACUGGUGCGUCUUCUAGUCACCAAGGUCAGCUACACAUCACUCGUCUCCUCUCUUAGGGUCCUUGUUGGCAAAUUCUCUCACUCUUGAAAGUAUUAUUUCCCAGGAGGAAAAUGAAAUGAUCUAACCCACUGCUAUGUAAAAUAGAUGCAGUUUUGUUCCCACCACAAGCUACAAAAUCCUGAAACUGGGAGGAAUGUUGUGACUGAUGCUAGCCAGUCUAAUCUCCCACGUAGCGUCCUUUCAGCAACAUUCCUUGGAGAUGGCCAGGGCACAUACAUUCCAGAACAGUUACACAUCUUAUAUUUGAAGAUUGCUUGGCCUGGAACCCGUGCCAUGAGCCGUGCCUCGACUCACUCGGGUUACAGAUUGUCUCCCUUUUCCCAGCUGCUGACCAUUGUCCUCUGGCCAGAUUUGACGCUGCUCCUCUGAAAGUGUGAUUCCCAGGGCUGCACCAAGUUGUUGACAUUGGCUGGUGGGUGACCAGUGCCAACAAAAGUCACUGUAAUGAAUGUAAUUUAAUGGUGGAUCUUUACUUUGUGUUAAGGUUUUUCUUCUCCUUGGCAUCCACAUCUUAACCUUGGCUCACAUUGAGCUUUGUAAUCACUUGAAACCUCUACAUCUUCUCACAUGAACUUUUUGUUUGGUCAGGUAUUUAUUAAUUGCUGCAAGUAUACAAACACAUGCACAUGCUCUCCCACAUACAUGGACAGACACACAUGAAGGGAAAUAUAACCAUUUUACAUUAUAUUGUAUUGGAAAUUUUGGUCAAAAUUUUCUAAGUCUGUGCAUUAUGAUUAAGCUGUAAAUAUGGUAAAUUUGUCCCCAAUUAGGUGAGGCAUAAAUGCCCAAGAUACUCCCAAAGACAAGGAUAAGACUAUUUUUUUUUUUUACAUGAGCAAAAGAAUUGUAUUAUACAACUGUAUUCAAUACAUCCUAUAUGUAAAUUGCUUGUUAAAAUAGUCUUUAAAAGUAUUUGAAAAUCUCUUUUAAAAAAAUGUGGGCUAACUAUUCUUUAUGGACUUAGGUUGAUGAUUUUUUUUUCUCAUGAUCCAUAUAGAGUGAAGUGAUGAUUGAACCGGUUCUCUAUUUAAGUAGGUUUUCUUAUCUAUACGUCAUAGCCAAAGCUGAAUUAGUUAUCUUGUAUAUUGUAAUCCUCCUUCCAAAAUAUUCAUGGGCUGCUUGACCCCCAGUUACUUGGGUCUAAUGUGAAUAAAGAAUGAGGACAGCUGAGUGUGGUGGCACACACCUGUAAGUCCAGCACUCUGGGAAGCCGAGGCUGGAGGAUCACAGUUGGAGUCCAGCCUGGGGAGCUGUCUCAAAAUUUUAAAAGUGGGACUGGGGACAGUGCCACAAACAAAACAAAACAAAACAAAAGCUUGAGAGCAGAGCUGCAACACUGGAAAAGCCUGUAACGCGUUUUCAGCAUUCAAGUGCAUAACUCCCUUACCUAAUAGAGUUAACAUUCUGAAAUCUAAAACUGCUUUUAUCUUCUUCUUAUUUGCUUUUCCAUUAGUUUGGGAUAUCUUUAUAUUUUGUAUAUGUUUGCUCAUGUAACUCAUUUGACAGAAUUUUAUUUGGGAAAGGAAGAUGCAGGGAGAAGCGUCAGGAUGGGGUUGGGGAGUGGAUUACCAGGGGAUGGGAAAGCUGGAUUUCGAUGUCAAAGUGCUGGGAGACUUUGGGGAUAUCAUUUAAGCUCUAUGCAGCUUAGAUCUCUGAUCUCUAAAAGAAAUUUACCAGUAGAUUCCUUUACUGUGUGUUAUUUUCACACUGCAUAACUAGCAUGAGAGAUGGUAUCUGGGGGAUGAAAUUGCAUCUUCUUGCACCCAACUUUUAUUCUAGUCUCUCUAUAGGUGAGUAAACUGAGAAACAGCUGCAUAGAUAGAGAGCGGCAAGCAGAGGAGUGCUCCAAGUCUCAUGACUUGGCCUUCAUAGCUGUACAGUGCAAGCGUGCAGGCCGGUACCUGCAUCCAUUUAUCACCAUUGCCCCACUCGAAGAGCCUUUUGCUGAAAUUUUAAAAAAUGAAUUUACUUCUUUUACUCAUAUAAAUUCAUUUUGUAAAGGACGACUGCUCCAUAUAUAAGUUAAAAUUGUACUGUUUCCCAUAAAUGGAAUUUCAUGAAUAACGGAAACAAAACAAGGCACUCAAUUCAAGCUAGGUCCUGUUGCUUAAUGCAAGCACACGACCUGGCCCUGAUCUGGUACUGUUUGAAAAGAAACAUUCACAAGUAGGAGGGGUACAGAAGUCAGGUGAGCACCAACCACUAUUUUUUUGAACAAUUGGAGAAAUGGAGAAAGCAGCAAAAAGGACAGGCCUCCUCACGAUGAGUCAUCUAGCUCAUACUCGGCACAUUCUCCCCACUCCAGGGAAGUGGGGACCCAUCCGGCUGAGUGGAAAGGGGCAAGUGAUAAAGUGCGAAAUACGAUUUGGGGUCAGAAGCCCCGUGAUGAGAGUCAAUUAUAGGGUGUUGGAGGCACUCAGAGGAGGGGCUUUAUCAGUCACAGGAGUAGGGGCAUCAGAGGACGCUUCCUGGAGAAGCAAUGGCUAAGCUGAGUCCAGAAUGGAAAUAUCGACUUAAUUCUAACGCAGGUCCGAAGGCUGGUGUUGGCAGAGACAGCACAUGUCAAGCAAAGGUCCAGAGAUGGGGGAAGGCUUGAUGAGUCUAUUGAGGUUGGAGCAGGGUCAGGGUGAAAGGCAGGGAAAGUGAGAGCAGAGGUUGGAGAGGGGGAUGGAGACUGACUGAAAAGGCCUGGACUUCACCAUGAGGUGAGGGUGAGCCAUAGGAGGAAGGUUGUAAGCAAUAGGGAGACAUGAUGGGAUUUAGAACGCUGAUUCUGGAAGCAACAUGAGAAUGGAUUACAGGGCAGCAGAAGGGGGGAUGGUCCUGGCUAUGGGAAUACACAUUGUAGAGUUUUUUUGAGCUUCAUCAGUUUCUCCACUAGUUUUUUUUUUUUUUUUUUUUUUUGAUGCAAGAUCCAGCCUAGGGUACCACAUUGAAUGAAAUUGUCACAUUUCCCCAGCUAGCUCAGGUCUGUGACAUUCUCGUGGUAUUUUCUUGUUUAGCAUGACCUUCAUAAUUUUGACCUGCCUUUCUUUUGAUAUUGAGAUAUAUAGACAAAGGGCAGGGGAGGAAGAAAUUCAAGGAAUUGGGCUCUGCACUUUUCCAGGUGGUAGCAAGCAUAUAGGUUUUUCUAUCAGACAUACCUGGGUUAGAAUCUUGUUCUGAAUAGCGGUGCAAUCUUCAGCAAAUAAAUUAACUUCUCUGAGCCAAGUGCUGUCGAAAUUAUGUCAGCACAUGUAAAAGUACCAAGUACACACAAUGCCUGAAUAUUUACAGAAGGUAAAUAUUAGAUGAUCUGAUAAAGAUUUUGUUUACCUUCUUUAUCUUGUGGACAAGGAAAUGGCUGAAGCAAAUCUAUCUUUGGGGGCAGUUUUUACCCAAGGAAGAAAGGACUCAAAACAAAUGAGGCUAUUUUUAAAGGGAGCUAGUAAAAUAGUUUAUGUUCUAAAAACAUGCCUACCAGGUCCCCACCUAUCAGCUUGUUUUAGUUAGCUUUAAACUUUUUUCACAGUAGCUUUUAUGUGGUAUUUUGUAAUUCAUCACAUUUUGUUAUUUUUUUUUGGCAUAAACAUUGAUGUUAAGAAAUGCAGCCAAUGAGGUAGCUGACGCUGGGGCUCUGGUCCUGCAUUCAGGGACAUUCGGGUCUGGAGCAGGUCCCACUGAGGGACCGGGGCAAAUUACUGUACCUCUUAGCCUCAUUGAUUUCUCCCCUGGAUUUUUAAGUAAGACAACAUGCAGGGUGACUGGGUAUGAGCACUCAUUUCAUGGUAGCAAUCACAGGGUCUGGGAUUCUCUCUCCAGUGGUAGUGUUAGUGUCCCCCUCAUGCCUGAAUUUUUCCUGGACUGUCUUCCCUGUUGGGCAGGACAGAAUGUUUUCCCAGUCAGUGUUUCAGAUCUCUAGAUAUUGGACAAAGCUGCUGGAAGUCCCAGCUCUGAGACCUCACAGUUGGUCCACAUUCCUGGGAGGGUGUCUCCUCCCCAGAGAAGCAGAGGCAGGUGCUGGCCUGCGGGUGAGAACUCUGCCCAGCAGCGAUGGCCAGGGUGGGAGUAACAAUAAGAUGUGAGGCUGAGACUUCACACGGCUGGCUCGGUUUAGUUUCUCAGGAGAGACAGACAGGCUAGGGGGAGGGAAUGACCUGUGCUUCCAAAGCUGUUUGAAAGCCAGUUCUCACUUCAGGGGCUGCCCGUCUCUAUCCAGGACAUCAAGGUAGAUCAAGGGCUGAGUCUCUUCCAGGUGAGUUUCCAGAUGAGCAGGUGUGGGCAGGAUGGCUGAGGUCAGUGGCACGCAUGACCUGUAGACAGGCUCAUCUGUUGUUGUCCCUUGCUGAGAAAUCAAGAGCUCCAGCAGGGGGCAGUAAUGUCUUUUUUAACUAGUACAUAAAGUACAUAUGUCAUAUAUUGCCAGCUAUGCAUCAGCCUACAACAGCAGCUUCAAACCUUUUUUCAAUAGUGACUCAGGGUGAGAAAGACAUUUUAUGUUGUAUUCCAGUACAUAUAUACAUAAAGAUACAUAUAUGUUUGACAAAUAUCAUCAAUUGCUUACAACAUAAAAUGUACUCUGAUCUAUUCAUUUUUGAAACUCUCUAUUCUAGUUUAAAAAUAUGCAGUCUGACUCACAAAAUGGAUUUCUCCUUCCCUAAUUUGAUGUUUGAAAAGUGUUGAACUAAAGGAAGGUCUCUGAAAAAGUGUGGGAAGGCUCUGCCUUUUUCUUCUUUAUCACCCAAUAGACUUUUUGAGGCCAGAGAAUAUGUACAUCUCAAAACAAAUAAUUUUUGACCUUGAGUGCAUGUUAUGCAUAAGGUCAUAUGCAAAAACUUUGUGAGAUGCUCUUGUGUAAUACAAUAAUGUUUGAGGCAGACAACAUCAUUUUUAGUUCCUUUGAGAUUUAUAGAAUGGAAGUGGCUUGUCCAAGUCCAGCUCAGUAAGUGGUCAAGCUGAGAUCUAAAUUCAUGUCUGCCUGGUGCUGGAAUCAGAGCCCAGAAUAAUUAUAUUGUAUAAAUAUAACAGGGACGCAUCUCUGAGAAAGAAGCUUGCAAUAUUGGGCUGAAAUCAAUAUACUUUUUCUAGAGGGUCAAAAUGACUCCAGAACAGAGCUGGGGAGAUCACAUUUUCCAGAUCUUGAAAAAAGGAAAUAUAGCUCACCACAGUCAGGAAACUUAGACUAGUUUCCUAAAUCAAAAAUGGGAGGAGGAACAGAAAUGUUAUAAUGGCAAAGUAGAGAGAGAAGAAAAUAAAUUGCAAAUUAGAUUUUAAGAGGAUUCCAGGUGAGGAGUAGGGUGAGUGAAGGGAAGUAGCAGGGACUCCAGAGCCAUUAGUAGGAGACUAUGGACACCUGAGCAAGGGAGGUGGCCAGGUGUGGCCCCGUGGGUCUCACCAGUCAUGGUACCUGCAGCUUGAGUGUGGCCCCAGAAAGAAGAGCACAGACACAAGAGAAUAACCUGCUUCUGGUGCCAUGGAAAUGGUGCUGGGGACAUGCUCUUCUCCAAAUGUGCCUUAUGAAAUAAACAGGCUGGGAGAAGCCCAGACACAUGUCAAGAUGCUCUAAUUCUUAAAUAGUGGGAGAAGCAGUUUUUCAUUCACUCAGCAUGUUUAGGAAUGUUGAAUGAUCUAUUUUCUUAACCUUCUAUUUUAUUUUGAUUUGAGAUUACAAAUUUUUACCAUCAUCCACCCAAGGAUUUUAAAAGUAAGUGCUCUCUUCUGUCCUUUAAUCUAAAUUAAUAAAUAUGACUCUUAAUUAAUUUGCCUUUCUUUCAUGGCUCAAAUAUUACAUGUGAAGAUGAAUUUUUGUUCUUGAACUUUCUUGCAAAUUGAGAACUUUUGAUGUUUGUGCAUCUGGGGAUCUUUGGACAUCUGCCUCACAGAGAUGUUCUUAGGAAUGCCUCUGGAUUUUCCCAAUAUUGUCCCAUCUGCUUUCCUCCUCAGGGGAGCAGCCACAGACCAGGCCACAAUAACAGCUGCAUGGUGAUUCUGGUAACCAAACAACUCAUUAUUCAUAAAGCAGAACAAAACUACUUCUCUUCAUAGAACAUGGGGAUUUGGGAUGCUAGUGGGUGGAGGGAAAGAUAGCCAAACCAAUAGUUGACUUGGAGGAUUUGCAUUUUGGGUUAUUUCAAAGUCCUAAGGAGUUACACAGAUUGACAUCCUGUCCAUCUUCCAAGCUCUGUGCCUAUUUCUCUUUCCAGUUGUAUAAUGUCUCUUUGUCAUUCUUUCUAUUCCCUAAUGUCCUUAGACUAGGUUUUGCUUUUUUUUGCAUGUACUUAUAGAUCCUCAUACUUUUCUUUGAGAGCACUUAUCAUAAUUUACAUUAUUGUUUCUGUCAUGUAGUUUUGUUUUUGGUUUCCACCUGUCCUGGAAGCUCCCUGAGAGCAGGGGUUUUGUUAAGUCAUUACUGCUGUGUUCCCAAAGCCUAGUCUGAGGGCUAACACAAAGGAGACUCUAUCAAAGAUUUGUGGUGUUUGAGAAUAAAAUAUGAAUGAACAAAACUUUAUAUUUAUGUUUUGAUCCAUUUUUAUCAUUUACAAGAGGGAGAAAGUAUUAAAAAGUCACGCAUCUGCUUAUUGUUCAUGAGUUAUUGGAAUAUUGGGUGAUAGGGUUAGUUACACACAUAGUAAGUGCUCAGUAAAAGUUUAUUGGAAAUGAUACACAGAAUCUUCAUUUGCUUAGAAUGAGUUGCUAUAGAUAUAGUCUGUUUCUAAUUUUCAAAUAGGUAGUAGAUAUGAAUAAGGAUAGUCAUGGUCUUUUACUAAGCCUAUACCAGGCAUUAUGCUAAGUAAUUCACCUACGGGGUAGGAUAUGAUCCUCCAACUGACCCUAUCAAGAAUAUAUCAUUAUUUCCCCAUUUUAUAUGAAGUAAUCAAAGUUCAAAGUGGUUAGAACAUGUAGAGAGAUUCAGAAUGAUCUGAAAAUCAAUGCUUUCAAUAGCUGUGUAAUUUUGGUUACACAUUUUCUCUUCAGCAUCUCGAAGAGAAAUAUUUCCCUAUGAAUAUAUGAUAGUUUUAUUUUGUCUUCAGGAAGAGGGAUGACCAGAAAGUCUAGUGGCAGGGAACUUGGUUUACAUAAGCAUCACUGCAACAAAUAGCCCAGGAAACCCCUUCAAUGGUGAAAUGUUCUACAGAACAAAGAGGAUCGGGGAACAAGUGACAUCUUUAGAGUAUUUGGGGGCCCUAAAUGGUCAGAGUAUUGUUUCAGAACUCCAAAUCUCCUUUUUGGGGAAUCAUAAAUUGAGAUUGUGAUGAGAUGCAGGAAAAAAAUGUCUGGUCUCUGCCUUUGAGUACCUGUCAGUCUGCUCAGAGGAGACAGGAUGCAUGUGUGGUGUGAGAAGAGCUAGAAGGAAAAGUCUGAGUUUAGGUCCUAUGAGACACAGGAGGCAGAGCUAUUUGUGCAUUCAUUUGUCCGUCUGCCCAUACAACUAUCCAUUCAUCUGUUCAUCAUGCAGCAAAUCAUCCAAUCAACCAACCAGCCAACCAACUAACCAGCCAACCAACCAACCAUCCAACCAACCCUCAACCUACCCACCCACCUAACCAAUCAACCAACAAAUUGGCAACACCUUUUAUGGGCUAGAUUCCCACUCGAGUAAGCAAGGUAAUGACAGUCCCUGAUUGCGGAAGACCAGUUGGGAAGAAUGAGGCCUAAUUGGCCUCCUUGGUGAGCACUGAGAAGAAAGAGGGCAUGCAGCAAGCAUGCUAACACACUGCAGGGGAAUGUAAAAACACCUACAGUUAAGUAUUUUACCUGGAGAAAUACCAUGGAGGGCGGGAGACGGAUGAAUCCUAUGGAACGCCAAUUGCUCAUGCCCAUGUCUGAGUGAAUAAAGCCAAGGUGCAUCAGUCGUUUGGGACUCUAAGUCAAAGCGAGACAUGAGGCUCUUGGCCCCCCCCAGAUUUUAACUUGUUUCUGUGUCUCUUUAUUUUUUAUCCUUGUCACCCACUGGUCAGGUUUGAGCUUGUAGGCUGGUUCCUACAACUGACCACAUGGAACCUCUGAGUUCCUAGGAAGACCAGGGUCCUCUGAUGAACUUCAUCAUUCUCACCCCAACAGCUUACAGCCUACCCAGCCUAGACACUGUUGCACUCUUGUUGCAUCACUGACUUCUCUGAACAUCUUUCCCAAGAAUUAAUUAGUCCAAUGAAUUAAUUAGUGUAAUUAAUUGGAUAUUGUUCAUAUAUCACAUAUGAAGAAACAAGCUUAAAAAUUUUAAACAGGACAUGAACUUUUACUCCAAGUCUUACAGGUGGAAAAUGGUAGAGUCAGGAUACUAAUCCCAGCCUCAUCUAUAUUGCAAUAUCAUCUAUAUCAGCUGGACUUUUGCUAAAUUUCAUUGAAUUUCAGCUAGAUAAGCCUUGUUCAUUGAGCAUGUUGGCCAGAUGGAUGAUAGUCCCAUUGAUCAACUCCACUGCUUGUCAAAUGUGACCUCAGACAAGUGUUUAAGGACUUGGUGCCUCACAUUCACCAUUGGUAAACAGGGGUGAUAAUAGAACUUACGGAAUUUUUGCCAGGGUCAAAUGAUUUAACAUACAUGAAAUGCAUGGUGCAUGUUACAUAAGUGUUGGCUGUUGUUGUUGUUGUAUUGGCAGACAUUUCAGAAGAAUCUUGUUUUGGGGAAAGAAGAUAAUUCAGCUUGGAAUAUGUAGACAAAAUACUUAAGAUUUGAGUUCAACUGAAUGUAAUGAACAAGUGUAGUGUUCAUAUUGUCCAUUUGAUUAUGUGUCAUGAGGUCAGAGAUUGUCUGUCUGGAUCACUGCUGUACCCAUAGCACUAGAGCAAUGCCUAACCCAUGGAAGGUGCUCACUAUUAAUUAUUGGGUAAAAGAAUGCAUGAAUAAAUAAAUGAAGGGACUGAAGCA